AUGUUUUGCAAGCAAUGUGGCAAAUCCUUUAAGCGUUCGUCGACUUUAUCUACACAUCUGCUGAUACAUAGCGACACACGGCCGUAUCCUUGUCAAUAUUGCGGCAAGCGUUUCCAUCAAAAAUCGGACAUGAAGAAGCACACAUACAUACACACUGGUGAAAAGCCACAUAAAUGCACCGUUUGCCUGAAAGCUUUCAGCCAAAGCUCUAAUCUCAUCACGCACAUGCGCAAACACACCGGCUAUAAGCCUUUCGGCUGCGGUCUCUGCGAUCAGUCGUUUCAACGCAAAGUGGAUCUGCGUCGUCAUCGCGAAUCUCGACACGAGGAAAUUUUGGCGCCCGUAAAGAUGGAGGUGAGCAGCAGCAGCUGCUGAAGACACGCGUACGGGUCGGAAGAGGCCCUAAGCAGCACCAAGACUGGUAGUUCGUUAAUCGUACCGGCGCACAAAUAUCCGUUAUGGAUUGGCUAAAUGUGUGUGGUAAGGUUUGUGUUGUAAGAACACACACACCCAGAUACAAAGCAAUGUAAAUAUUUAUUACAGCAUAUAAUAUUAACAUAUUUAUAAAAAAGUAUUUAUACUGAAAAAUAAGUACAUAAGUAGUUAAAGGUAAUUUAGUUUAAGUUAAUCUACGCCCAGUACGCAUUGUGUGGUUCCAGUUCGGUCUGCUGAGAUACUAAGUCGUUUAAGCCAAAGUUUUCUACACACACAAAUAUACAUACAGGAUAUGUUUGCAUGUAUAGUAUGUAUGUAGUUGUUAAGCAAAUAGCAUUUAAGCAUUAGUCCGAUGAAAUUUUCAUAAACCAGUGACUGUGUGUUGGUGUGCGUUUUUUUUAUAGGCAUGCAAAUGUUACAAAGCCUUUGAUUUUCUAACUUUCUUAGUAUUGCCUAUAAGAUCUUAGUUUUAGUUAGUUAGGAAUAAAAUUUUAAAUGAAAGUUAAUACAAAUUUCAUAUAUAGUAAUUUCCGCCCAUUAAACACACGACUAUGUAUUAGGGCUGGUCAAUUUGUAAGGGAGAUUUUUUCGACUAUGCACAGAAGGAUUCAACGUGGAGUUCUAAGCAAAAUUUGGCGAAAAACCCGUGUAUCUUCGCGUCUUUCUGUAGUGUCGUAAAAAAGUGCUUAAAUUUUCUUAAAAAAAA